AUGUUUAAAACCGAUGGUAGAGCUGAUCAGCAUGGGAUUCCGAGUUUCGUAAAAGAGUUGAAUGAUGAUUUCCAGUGGGUGGAUGAUAAUAUUUCAGAGAGAUCAGAAGAGGAUUCAAAGAAUGAAUUAUUUCGGAUGAUUGAUAUCGUUCCAAAUGGCUAUAACCGAACAAUGUCGGGCCUUUUUUAUGGAGCCUUAACUGUAAAUUUCCAAACAUUUUAUGAUUAUAUUGGAGACUUUGAUAAGGAUGGAUAUGAUCAUAUUAUUUCACAAUUGAAAAAAGUAGUCAGAUAUAAAUGUUUCUCGUUAUAUUCCAGAGAAACCAUACAUCGAAUUAUGUUGUUAAUUGAAAAUCUCGUGACAGAUCACAGAUCUGCUUUGGACGGGAUUCCGGGACUAUACGAUGUCUGUGAAUCCAUACUACGGCAAAUCAGAGGGGGGGAUAUUUCUGAAACAAAUGUAUGGCUUAGCAAUGAAGUUUUAGAGUUUUUCCAACGCGAGCUAAUAUGGCUUUAUAACAAUGAACGUCUGUUGCACAUUACGUUUUAUACUUUUACAAGUUUAAUACGGGAUCAUCAUGAGCCUAUGCUAGAGAAUUUAAGGGCAAAGGAAAUAAAGUUUUGUAAAAUGAUAUUUGAUGUUCAUUUUAAUUCUUUCUUUAAAAUAGGCCGAGAUUUAUUAAGAUUAAUAAGAGAUAAUCGUAAUGUUACCGAAUUUUUAUACGUGCUAAGCAUGAUUCCAGAAGAUAUAAAAAUAACCAUCAUGAAACAAAAAACCUUAAGUUAUUGUUUAACAAGUCGCCUAUCAUAUGACAUGAGCGAGAGAUUAACGCACAUGUUGGAACAGCACUCGCUGUUAGGUUUCAAACGAAAAUUGGAUUUUUUCAAAACAAAUUUCCUAACACCUCCUGCAGAUCCUCGUUUCCUAAUUGCUGAUAUUAUUCGAUGGAUAGUCAGCGCUUAUCGUCCUAAUAGCGAGAAAGCCAUGAGUAAUAGAUAUUUAUUGAUUAAUCUUUUAUUGCAUGAAAUAGGAGGUAAUUGGGAUGCCAUUGAAUUAGCGAAAACGGCAUUAGUUUAUGAUUGGUUGUGUUUUGAAAGAAAUAACAGAGACCCUAAUGUUAUAAAAGAGGGUCUAUAUUGUAUAGAGAAUGUCAAAACUAAUAGCUUGAGAAUUGCCAAAGAUUUAUUAGAAGCUCUCUAUACUUCAAUAAGCAAUAUCUUUCCUGGGAUUGACAAUGAACUUCGUGAGAAUAUCAGAGCAUCAUCUCAGAUUGCAAUUGCACGUAAUAUUAUGACAGUAGAGGAUAUCAAGAUUAUUCGUACAAAACUUAGUGAUUUUGUCGGUGACAAUCGAAUUGUAAAGAUUGUUGGCGAUUUAUGGGGUCAUCUAAUGAACACAAUGCCAGUGACUCCUUCAGUCUUUCCAUCUAAUCCCCUACAAGCGGAUCUAAUAACAGGCUCGCCAUUUUAUCAACAAUCAACAUCAUUACCUUUUAACCAAUCGUCUCAAACUUCCAUACAGUCAAAUCUUUUCCUUGACAAUCAGUUAAUAAAUUCAAAGAAACGUGAAUUAUCUGUGGAUUCUGCUGUUCAGCCUUCGAACCCAGUCUCAAAAUCGCUCGAGUCGAAACCAGUUGUAGAAGAAACAUCAUCCAACUUGAUGACAAAUUUUAUACCAUCUACGCGAGUUUCAGCUUCGUUACCAUCAAAUUCUGUGGAAUUCGGCAGAAGAAAUCCAACAUUUGACGCAAAUAUUGGAUCAUUUUAUGAAGUUAAAUUGGAUGCUACAAAUUCUCCACAUCUUACGGAUUUGCCUUCUUUUAUUGGGCCUGACAUUUGCCGAACAUUAAAUUUCGACGAACUUAACAAAUGUUUUAACUUAAAUUCUGAAUGUCUUGAAAUCAAUCCAUCUAAACAGAAUUUAUUUAAUUGUUUAAUAUCUUGGGUCUUCAACCAUAAGGAUGAGAAAGAUGAGAAGGAAAACAAUUCACCUAAAUUUAAGUCGUUUGAAAUGUAUAGACUUAUUGUCAAAAACGAUGAAAAAACGCAUUCGGAAGCCCGGAUAAAAUUACUGGUCUAUUGUCUUAGGUCAUUAAAGUUGGAUAAACUGGGAAGUGCAUUCAUUAAAGAUUUUAAACUUCUGAUUAACUUGUAUCUUGAAUAUAUAAACUAUGAAGUUAAGCGCGAAGGCUCUCAUCCAGAUGUCGAGGAAGAAGUGAACAAACGUUUUUUGUCAGGAAUUCAGUUGUUGCAACAAUAUGAAUGCAAUGUUUUUGAUUCUAUUGUUCCCAAACUUUUACAAAUCUGGCCCGAGAUCUUUGUUGGAAAUUUUGAAUUCAUAACGUCAAUCAUUCACGGAAUAAAUCCGAUGCUUAUUUAUAAAUUCGAGACGGAUUUACGACUAGGUCAUUAUAGAGUGUUUGGAGAUUUGGAUCUGGAUUAUGUUUUGGAAAAUUCAUUAAAUUGUUGGGGUUCAUUUGAACAAUUAUACCUUUUCCAAUUAAUAAAAGCCGAGGUCGGAAAUAAUACCGAAAAACUUGAAAAUUUUAUAUGUUCAAGCGUACAAUUGAAAUUCCUGGAACCAAUAGAGCAUCCUGAAUCUUUGUGUGGGCUGUUAUCUCUCCUUGAACUUAUCCCCCCAACAGCGAAGAGUGUUUCAUUCUUAACGAAACUAAUUGCUAAUGCGAAAUUACUAGAGAGCAAGUUGGAAAAUUUAAAGUUUGUCGCCUCAGUCUUUACUCGAUGGAAUGAUAGUUUUCCUGAAAAGUUAAUUGAAGCCAUGACAGAUGAGGUUUCCAAAAACAUAAAGGAAUCUGAGAAUGACGAGAAUGAAGCUAGUGAUUUUUUUGAUGUCAUAGCAGAAUUAUGGAAAAAUGAAAAACUCAAGCAAGGCAGUGCCGUCGGAAAGGAAAUCGUAUCUUUACAACGAUCACCUGAGGCUGAGGAUGAUGGGGAUCAAAUGGAAGUUGAUGAUGGUGACGAUCCGUUUUAUGAUCAACCAACCACCGCAGUUUCCACGAUUUCUACUCGAUCCAAAGGUAAAGCAAAACAGCUUGAGGUAGAGGAUCGAUCAAAGCGUUCUACAGGUCCAUAUAACAACAAUCGCGCUCUUCGACAAAAAACUGACGCAUCAAGUGAAGGAGAAUCAUCAUCACAUGAAAAAACUCAGAAUCGUAAAGGCGUUAAGCCGAAGCGCGCGAAAAGAAAAAACAACCGACAAACUAGAAAACGUCUUAAUAUUGCUUCACAUAAUACGGAAAGAAGAAAAAGUAUAUCAAGUGGAGGGGAAGAACCCAAAGAAUCCAAGAUGACCGGCAGAGGUGCUCGAUCCAAAUCCAAAAACAAUUCUGCGUUAAAUCGUUCUGAAACUUCAAGGGCAUUAUCUGUCACGCAAACAAGUAUCAAUCGUCGUAAAAGUAUUAGCGGGUCAGGUUCAAAAAAAAGAAGCGCAAAGGAUUCUUCUGAUGAAUAA